AAUAGAAAUGUAAAAAUAAACAGGGGAAAUACCCAUUUUUUCAGAUGCAAUAGAUACCCAGUGAAUAUUGAUUAUAAUCAGUUCGUGUUAUCUGACGAAAACUAACUGGUGCCUCUAUUGUCUUCAAAUAGUGAAUUAGAAUAUUACUAAACAUUGCUGGCUAUAGGAAGCUGCUUCAGAAAAUACGAAACAUUAAAAUUUGCAUAGUGCAAAUAUCCACUGUUAGUAAUAAUGUUUUCGACUCGGAAUGACUAUUUUGAUCAAGAAUACUACCCAGAAGCGAUACCUAUCGAAAUACUAACUGAAACUGAGCAUACAUUAUCACCUACUGUUGAAUGGUUAGGAUUUGUUAAUGAAGGUAAACCAUACAAAUUGGUGGAAGAGAAUUUGUGGGGUACUAAAGCGGUGAAGAUAAUUCAUCCAUACUUAGAAAGGGCUUUCAAACUGAAACAAACUAAAACUGGUCUUGGUACGAGGCGUUUGUACCAUGGAACAUUAUCAAGUAAUAUUGAUUCAAUACUUCUGAACAAUUUCAAUUGGAGAUUAGCUGGACGAAGUAGAGGUGUCAAGCAUGGAAAAGGUGUAUGCUUUUCUCCUAGAAAAGAUUUUGCUAGAAAAUUUUGUGAAGGCAAUGACGGAAUAAUCAUAUUAACAAGAAUUCUGUGUAGACUUGCUGUUGAAGGAUUUUUAGGAGAUAUUUUACCUCGAUCUAAUGCUGAUACUACUCAAUCACGUAAUGGAAAUGUAUAUGUGAAAUUUGAAGAUAAUGAUUUUCUACCAUUAUACAUCAUUGAUAUGAAUGCAUAUUCAGAGAUGGUGGAUCUUUGUUCAAUAUUCUCUUCUCUCAAAAUAAAUUUUUAAAUACAAUUAUGAAACAAUAAUUGUUUAAUAUUUCACUUGAAAUUCAUUUUAUAUUAUUGUAUUUUUUUGAACCAUUUUUUUUUCUAUAUUUUUUUUAUUGUACUUAUACUCUCAUAUAAAUACUUAUAUUAGUGAGUUCAAGUUUAUAUGUUAUAUUAUUAUAUUAUAUUAUUUACUUUUGUCAUAAUAUUUAAAUAGGAAUCAUUUAUAUUUUGUAAUUAAUCAUAAUAAACUGAAAGAAAUCCUA